AAAUUGGCUGGAAGGGCCCGUCGGCGGCGAAGUUGCUAGCUGGGGGCAGAGACGGCCACGCGGUUGCAGGAAUUGGCCAACGGCUCCUUUCAACCCUGCCUCGUUGGUGGCCACUGGAGAAGCGCGGGGGGCUCCCCAGACAGCCGUGGGGACAAGUUAGAGCCAGCACUUGACCCCGGGCCUCGCGUGUAGCUUCCCCUCCCCUGCUCUAGGUGCCGCGGUGUCUGGAGAGGGGGCGAGGGGGUGUGCCCACCUUACAUGGUCCACCACCCGGGCAACCCUCUGGGCUCGUGUUCCAUCUCACUCUUGCUUUCUGCACUGUGGUCAAGGGGAACCACUUUGCAUCAUGUCCCGGUAUAGCUACCAAAGUCUCCUGGACUGGCUCUAUGGGGGCGUGGACCCGAGCUUUGCAGGCAAUGGGGGCCCCGACUGUGCUGCGUUCCUCUCUUGGCAGCAGCGGCUGCUGGAAAGUGUGGUGGUCCUGACCCUGGCCCUGUUGGAGAUCCUGGUGGCCCUGCGGCACAUCCUGAGGCAGACCAAGGAGGACGGUAGGGGUGGCCGUGGCAGCCAGCCAGAGCAGGUGACCCAGCGGCCAGAGGAAGGCAAGGAGAGCCUGAGCAAGAAUCUGCUCUUAGUAGCCCUGUGCCUGACCUUCGGGGUCGAGGUGGGCUUUAAGUUCGCCACCAAGACCGUCAUCUACCUGCUCAACCCCUGUCACCUGGUCACCAUGAUGCAUAUCUUUCUCCUGGCCUGCCCUCCAUGUCGGGGAGCUAUUGUCAUCUUCAAGCUACAAAUGCACAUGUUGAAUGGAGCUCUUCUGGCAUUGCUGUUUCCUGUGGUAAAUACUCGGCUGCUUCCCUUUGAAUUGGAGAUUUACUACAUCCAGCAUGUUAUGCUCUACGUGGUACCCAUCUACCUGCUUUGGAAAGGAGGUGCUUACACCCCAGAGCCCCUCAGCAGUUUCCGGUGGGCUCUUCUGUCAACUGGCCUCAUGUUCUUUUAUCACUUCAGCGUCUUGCAGAUCCUCGGCCUGGUCACCGAAGUGAAUUUGAACAACAUGCUGUGUCCGGCCAUCUCAGACCCAUUCUACGGCCCCUGGUAUCGCAUCUGGGCCUCGGGACACCAGACUCUCAUGACCAUGACCCACGGGAAGCUGGUCAUCCUGUUCUCAUACAUGGCUGGGCCCUUGUGUAAAUAUCUGCUGGAUUUGCUCCGGCUUCCAGCCAAGAAAAUAGACUGAAGGUGCUUGUUUUUUUUUUCUUUUUCUUUUUCUUUUUUUUCUCCCUGAGGAAGCAAGUCCCAACUUGAUUUGGAGAACACCCAGUUCUUGAUGCAAUCAUGGGAGAGGGCA